UGCUGACUCUGCUUAGCCAAGCCUUCCCCUGUCCCUGGGUUUGGCUUGCACUUUCUUCUCAGGUCUUUCUCCUUUGAGAAAUAAAAAGCUCAUGGGGAGGAUAUUGGUGUGGACUUUGCAGAAUAUCAGAUCCAGUUUUAUAAGGUGGUCCACCAUCACCAGAGAGGAGUUGAAGAUAUUCUUCCCUCAUGCUAAAGGAGCAAGUUAUCUAUUUUUUACAGCUGUGAAGGCAUUGUGGAGGGACAGCACAUACCAGAAGAAAUACAGCGUAGCAGCUUUGAAGCCUGAGAAGCUAAACUCAGCAGCCCCAAACCAUAAGCUUAACUCAGCCUCACUGAAGAUGAUACCAGACUCUGUACCCCCUGGACUUGCUACAGCUCUCUGAUCCUACAAUCCUCUUCAGUUCUAGCCAGAAUGCUGCGUCGGGCACUUCGCAGAUUUGGUCAAAUGCUGGUACGCAGAUGUACGCCAGAGGAAAAGAAAACUGAACCUACCCCUCUCAGAUGGCUAAGCACUUUGGAUUUAGUGGCCCUGGGUAUAGACUACACUCUGGGUGCAGGUGUGUAUUUCCUGGCUGGCGAAGUGGCCAGCAAUCAAGCAGGACCAGCCACUAUGAUCUGCUUUUUGGUGGCUGCCCUAUCUUGUGCAUUGGCUGGGCUGUGCUAUGCAGAGUUUGCUGUCCGGGUUCCCCAUUCUGGCUCUGCAUAUCUCUACACCUAUGUCACUAUAGGUGAACUCUGGGCUUUCAUCACUGGCUGGAACUUCAUCCUCUCCUAUGUUGCUGGCACAGCCAGUGUAGCUCGGGCAUGGACAAGAGCUUUUGACUACCUGAUUGGGAACCAGAUCUCUCAGACCCUGCAUGAAAGUAUCUUACUGCAUGUUCAACAGGUACUUGCAGAAUAUCCAGACUUCUUUGCUAUGGGUCUGGUGUUGUUGCUCACCAGAGUGCUGGCUCUGAGGGCUAGGGAGUCAGUACUGUUUACCAAAGUGAUCACAUUGGUGAGCCUUUUGAUUCUUGUCUUUGUCAUCAUCUCUGGAUUCUUUAAGGGAGAACUGCACAACUGGAAGCUCACAGAAGAGGACUACAUAAAGGCUGGACUCAAUGACACCUCAAGCUUGGGCCCUCUGGGCUAUGGAGGAUUUGUGCCUUUUGGCUUUGAGGGGAUUCUCCGUGGAGCAGCUACCUGUUUCUAUGCAUUUAUAGGUUUUGACAAUAUUGUUACCAGAGCUGAGGAAGCCCAGAAUCCCCAGCGUUCCAUCUUCAUGGGCAUUGUGAUUUCACUGUUCAUCUGCUUUUUGAUGUAUUUUUGUGUCACUUCAGCACUUACACUUAUGGUGCCUUACUACCAGCUCCAACCUGGGAGCCCUUUGCCUGAGGCAUUUCUAUAUAUUGGCUGGGCCCCUGCCUGCUAUGUUGUGGCUAUUGGAGCUCUCUGCACUCUUUUCACUACAAUCUUGAAUGAUAUGUUCUCUGCACGUUGGGUGAUCUCUGUGAUGGCAAAGGAUGGCCUCCUGUUCCAUGUCCUUGCCAGGACCCACACCAGCAGACAUAUCCCCAUUGUGGCCACUGUGGUCUUGGGCAUUAUGGCAGCAGUCAUUGCAUUCUUCUUUGAACUCAUUCAUCUUGUGGACUUCAUGUCCAUUGGGACCCUGUUUACUCACUCUCUGGUAGCUAUUUGUAUCCUCAUCCUCAGGUAUCAGCCUGAGGUGAAGAAUGGGGGAAAUGAAGCAGAGGUGCAGGAGGAGAAUGGACCUGCAGCAGAGCAGCUGACUCUACAGGAACUACUUUUCACAGGCAGCUCCACCCCCACUCCACUCUCUGGCCGGGUUGUCUAUGUUUGCUCCUCACUGCUUGUUCUGCUGCUCACUCUUCUUUGCCUGGUGCUGGCCCAGUGGCCAGUUCUGCUUUCUGGAGACCCAGUGUGGAUUUCAGUGGUUGUGGUGCUCCUGGUGCUCAUCAUUGGGAUCACUGGGGUCAUCUGGAGACAGCCACAGAGCUCCAGUCCCCUUCCCUUUAAGGUCCCUGCUCUGCCUCUCCUCCCACUACUGAGUGUCUUUGUGAAUGUUUGCCUUAUGAUGCAGAUGACAGCUGACACCUGGGCCCGAUUUGGUGUCUCCAUGCUGAUCGGGUUUGCUAUCUACUUCAGCUAUGGGAUCCAGCACAGCCGAGUUGCUAACCCCACUUAAUUUAGCACCAAAACUAUAGACCUUGGUCUCGGCAGUGACAGUAUAUAUUCACUUUUACAUCAUCACACCUAAAUGCAGUCUUGUCCCUGCACGAUUUUGGAGAGUACUCUUGAGUGCAUGGAAAGCUAGGACUCCUAUGGGAUGUUGGUGAGGGAAUGCUAAUAGGGUUCUGUACAUAUUGUAGAGUGAAGGAUGUGUCUUUGCUCUCUCUCUCUCUGUCUCUGUCUCUCUCUCUUUUUACUUGUCUACUUUACAGUUUUGUCUGUAGCUGCUCACUGGCCUUACUGGCUUUAAAAAAUAUAUUAUUAAAAUAAACUAGAAAAGAGUUUUUGUUUUCUUUGAGCAAAUAUUCAGUAGUGAUAUUACUGGACUAUAUGGUAAUUCUAUUUUUAAUUUUUUUAGGAACCUGCACGCUACUUUCCCUAGAAACUGCACCAAUUUACAUUCCCACCAACAGUGCAUGAUAGUUUUUUUUUUCCUCCACAUUCUCACCAACACUUAUUAUUUCUUAUCUUUUUUUCUUUUAGCCAAU